GGAGGGUCUUCUGAAUGAAAGGAAGGGAACCAGGAGUCACUCCCCUUGGGUGAGAAAAGCCCAGGACUUGCUUAAUAGCGAAAUGCCUCCACGUGUUGUGGCCCUUUUUCCUGACUCAUUGAGCCAACCAACAUCCUUGGAGGGACGAUGGGAAGUGAGAAAAUGCAGCCUCCUUCCUCUUCCCCCUUACUGAUCUAAGCGCCAUCCAGGCACUGCCAUCCAGGCACUGGAUGAUCUUCAGGCUUGGGAGCUAAGCGGGGCCCGGCCUGGUUUGCCCUUGGAAGGGCGGUCGCCAGUCCCAAAGCCAGGUGGGCAUGGAAAUGGCUUCUGAAUGGUUGCUGAGACAGUUUCACGGCGGGAUCUGUGAUGCUGCUGAGCCGCUUGGCAAAAAGGAGAGUUUUCAGCGGAGACCCUGAGCUGACUCUCCCACCGCCCUGAACGAGCAAUGAGAAGGUCAGAGGGCAUGUUUUGGCUGCCCUUUUCCUCUGAAGGUUUUGCCAAACUUCCAAACGACAGAAGUGGCAUGGAAGCUGCCUGGGCAUGCCCAUGCCACAUUCCUGCCCUGGAGUUCCAAACGUUCAGGAAGCUGCCGACUGACUGACUUCAGAGAGAGGAUUGGCCUCCAGGCUGGGCCCUUAAGAUGUCGUCGACCUCCCUGCGCGGCCCGGCCAUCCUGCCCCACAUCCUGGUGGCCCUCUUUGGGAUGGGCUCCUGGGUCUCCGUGAACUCCCUGUGGGUGGAGCUGCCGGUGGUGGUGAAGAGGCUGCCAGAAAGCUGGAACCUGCCCGCCUACCUCUCCGUCCUCAUCGCCCUGGGGAACAUCGGCCCGGUGAGCGUGGCCCUGAUCCACCACUUUGCCCCCAAGAGACUGAAGGAGCAGUGGCUGAUCCAUGCCAUCCAGGCCAUGGCCACGGCCAUGGCGCUCCUCCUCGCCCUCUUGUGGGACCGGACCGCCGUGGUGGCUGGGGAGCUUCACAGCGUGGCGUUCUUGGUGCUGGCCUUCCUGCUUGCCCUGGCCUGCUGCACCUCCAACGUCUCCUUCCUGCCCUUCAUGUACCAGUUCCCCCCGCUCUUCAUCCGCACCUUCUUCAUCGGCCAGGGGCUGAGCGCCCUCCUGCCGUGCAUGCUGGCUCUGGGGCAGGGCGUGGGGCAGCUGGAGUGCCUCAAUGGCACCUGGGGGAACGCUUCACAGCCGCACUACCUGCAGGAAAACUUCUCCGCCGACACUUACUUCUGGCUGCUGGUGGCCCUGCUGGCGGUCUCUGGGCUGGCCUUCGUGGCCCUGGUCCUCUGGCACAGCCGCCAGGACACCCCAGGAGAGAGGGCCCCUCCUGAGGAGAGGACGGAGGAGGCCUACCCGUUGCGGGACGACAGCGACCCGGCCUUGCACGGCGGCACUGCUGAGGGCCUCCCCGGCAGGGACUCGGCCUCUCCGCUGACCUUCUGGACAGGCAGGAACAUCUACCUGCUGGCCCUCCUGGGGGUCUCCAACGCCCUGACCAACGGGGUGCUGCCCUCUGUGCAGACCUACUCCUGCCUGCCCUACGGCAACACCGCCUACCAUCUCUCGGUGGUCUUCGGCAAUAUCGCCAACCCCGUAGCCUGCUUCGUUGCCAUGUUCCUCCUGUGUCGGUCAUUCCUGGUCCUGAGCGCCAUCUCAACUGCCGGAUGUGUCUUUGGGGGCUACCUGAUGGUGCUGGCGGCCCUCAGCCCCUGCCCCCCGCUGCAGGACAGCUACGUGGGGGUCGCUCUUGUGGUGCUGGCCUGGACCUUCUUCUCCGGCCUCUUUGCCUACGUGAAGGUGGCCAUCAGCAGCCUGCUGCACGAGGCCGGCCACGCGGCCCUGCUCUGGUGUGGGGCCGUCAUCCAGGCGGGCUCCCUGCUGGGGGCUUUGGUCAUGUUCCCCCCGACCAGCGUCUACCACCUCUUCAAGAGCGGACAGGACUGCGUGGACAACUGCAGGGCAUGACUGGGCCCUGCCCCCUGCAGUUCUGCCUCCGAGGACGGUUGCCUCCGGUGCUGGGCGGAGGGGCCCUCUUGGCCUCCCUCUCGGGAGGUGUGCCCCCUUUUUGGAUGGAGCAUCGCAGAUGAUCCAGAGCUUCUACAGGUUUCGGGGCCCUUCCGCAGCUCUCGCACUGAGCUACCUCAUGCCAAGCUGGGUCCCUGCCUGGCUGCCCCAGGAGUUCCCAGCACCGUCAGGAUUGGUGCCUUCCAGGGGGCUGCUUCAUCUCCACCCCACCCCCCCAAAGCUUGGCAGCAGUGAGGGAGGCCUUCCCAGGAAAGCAGAUUUUCCCCGAACCUCUUGGGGAGGCUGCCAACCCCGAAAGGGAGAAGAGGAGCUUUGGGGGUUCGGGGGUUCUGCUCAGCACUCGGGUGACAUUUGCCUGUUGCCGAUGCUGGGAACAGGCUGGUGCUUCUGGGUGGACCGUAGGUGAUCUUUGCUUCCCCAUCUCUCCCCCCCCCAGCCCCCCAGCCCCCAAGACCUCCUGGAUCCAGGGAGAGGCCGGGGCUGCCCCAGGACUUCAUUUGGAGCCUUUGCCUUUUAAAAAAUGAUUUUUUUUUCUUUUAUGUAUAUUUUUGUACCUUUUUAAAUUUGUAUGUACUGGGAACAGAAUUAAACUUUAUAAUUAAAACCAAAGAUUGGGGACCCACAAGUGGCUCCUUUGCCAGUGGGGGGAGGUGGGGAAACUGGCCCUCCUCGACUACCUGAGUGGUCCUGUUUCUGGAAGUCCACUGCCUGCCCCCCUCCCUCAACACACACACAGGUAUCAGAAAUCCUGGAAAGCUCAGCUGAGCCCAGAGCCUGCAGUUUGCCUUCUCUCAGGGGCUGCCCCAAAGAAGAGGAGGGGGUCCACCUAUUCUCAAAAGAACCUGAAGGCAAGAGAAGCAACGGAUGGAAACUCAUUAAGGCGAGAAGCAGCCUGGAACUAAGGAGACAGUGAGCACAAUUAAUCAGUGGAACAGCUUGCCACCAGAAAUUGUAAAUACUCCAGCAUUGGAAGUUUUAAGAAGAGACUGGACAGCCAUUUGUCCAGAAUGGUAUAGAGCAAUGUUGGCGAACCUUUUUGGCACCGAGUGCCGAAACAGGAGAGAGUGCCGGAAAUCGGAAGACAGUUCCUUGGCACACAUGCGCAUGCCGGGAAGCUGAGCUUCCUAUUUUCAGCAUGGAUGCGUGUGUGCGCGAAGACCAGCUGGCCGGCUCGCAUGUGCAUGCCGGAACCUGGAAGGGAAACGGGUGACGGAGAAAUGGCUCUGUGUGCCACUUCUGGCACGCGUGCUGUAGGUUCGCCCUCACGGGUAUAGAGUCUCCUGCUUGAGCAGGGGGCUGGAAUAGAAGACCUUCAAGGUCCCUUCCAGAAUGUAUUCUGAUUGAUUGAAUGCUCUAUAUGAUAUGCACCAAGA